AUGAUUAUGUGGGAGUUAAUGACAGGUAGAAGACCUUUUUGGGAUCGAAAUCAUGAUACGGAACUUAUUAUUGAUAUUUGUGAUGGUUUAAGACCACCAAUUGUUACGAAUGCACCUGAAGGAUAUAUUGAAUUAAUGAAAGAAUGCUGGCAUUUGGAUCCAAGUAAAAGGCCACAGAUUACUGAUAUAAAUAACGGAAUUAUGAUAUUGACAAAUAAUGAACGGAACAUAAUAUAUAAUUCAAGUAAAAUUAUAGAAUCAACAGAUAUUGGACCUGUACCAAAAAGUAAUCCAGGUGCCAUUUAUAAGAGUAGAUCUUUAAGUGCCAUGAUUAAUUCUGCAAUGUCUUUAAGGAGUUCAAGAAAUCAAUCUAUUAAUUUAGAAAAAUUCAAAAAAAGGUUUGAGGAUGAUUUAAUCGAAGAUAGUAAUGAUAAUGGUAUGAUACUUGUAAAUCGCAAAUAAAUUUAAUUUAGGUCAAAGUAUUAAAAGAGAAAA